AGUAAACACAGUCAUAAGAAGCCCGAUAGCAACCCUUUCAAUGCGAAAAGGUGAUUUCAGAAGUGACUCUUAAUAUUAGUGAAAUAAUUUCAAAAUAAUUAUGUGCAACAUCAAAUUACUCUAGAAACUUCGCAUUCUAUCAAGUGAACAAUUUGCGAAUCUCUCAACGCCUCACAGUUGCCUAAAUAUUUCCAAACGCAAUGUCAUCACGACAAUCCAUCGAUGACCUGUACAAACAGCAGGAUUUCUACAUCGGACUAUCGUUAGCUUUAUCAAGUAGCUUCUUUAUCGGAGCCAGCUUCAUUAUUAAGAAGGUUGGUCUUAUUCGGCUGUCACGCAUUGGCUCCGUUCGGGCUAGUGCCGGAGGAUUUGGUUACCUGAAAGACUGGAUUUGGUGGGCCGGUUUAAUAUGUAUGGGUAUAGGAGAGGCAGCUAAUUUCGCGGCGUAUGCCUUUGCACCAGCUUCACUAGUCACCCCGCUCGGGGCAUUAAGUGUAAUUGUGACUGCCGUACUAGCUUCAAAGUUUCUUAAGGAACGGCUCAAUUUGCUUGGUAAACUUGGCUGUUUUCUAUGCAUUAUCGGUUCCACGAUAAUUGUCAUUCAUUCACCAAAAGAGGCCGAAAUAGAGGACCUGAACUUGCUGCUGGAUAAGCUGCAGGAUCCUGCGUUUAUAACGUACGUAGGAAUAAUUCUAUCGCUGUCACUGUUUAUUGGAUGCUGUUGUGGUCCCCGCUAUGGACACAAAAACGUUAUAGUAUACAUUUUACUGUGCUCGGCGAUUGGCAGUCUUACUGUGAUGUCUUGUAAAGCCCUCGGACUAGCUUUAAGAGAUACCUUAUCCGGCAAAUCGAACGACUUUGGAAUGUGGUUGCCGUAUUUCCUCAUUGUGGUCACAGCGGUAUUUGUCGGUAUCCAAGUGAAUUACCUGAACAAGGCAUUGGACAUUUUCAACACCAGUAUUGUGACGCCAAUUUACUAUGUUAUUUUCACCACUUUGGUCAUAACGGCUUCCGCAAUUCUGUUCAAAGAAUGGGGACGAAUGAAGGCGGAAGAUAUCCUUGGAGACCUUUGCGGAUUCUUUGUGGUCAUUAUAGCAGUAAUAUUGUUGAAUGCCUUCCGCGAAAUGGACAUUAGUUUAAAUGAUGUUAGGGGCAUCAUGCGGCCUAAACGAGAGCUACUGUCGCACAAAAAUCAGUACGAUGAAUUUUUAAUCGAAACAGAGAAUAACAGUCUAUCACAGAAGCAAUACGGCAGCGGGGAUUAUCGGGACAUUUGAUAUCACAAAGUGUCCUAACCUUAAGUGAAUACGUGCUUCGGCAUGCAAUGGCUGUAUAUUUUUUAAAAGAUUGAAUUUAAGAAGCUAUUAUACAAGAAAUAGGCGUUAGUAAAAUUUUUAUAACCAAAAAGUGUUACUUUUUACUAAAUCAAAAUUAUGUUAUUCACACAACCAAUGCGAUGUCUCCUGACUCAAUUCGAAUAGAAAUCUUCGAAAUAAACAAUUCAGUUCAUUAAGUUGAAUUCAUAU